UCUCCCUCGCUGUUUCUUUUUCUCCUUUACUCUUUCACGCACUGGCAGCAUUCGAGACUCUGCUGUCAAAAUGCAAGGGCUCGCCUGACAGCGAAGGAACGUUACUGCUCCUCGUCGUCGUCGUGGUCUGGUCGCGUAGCACAGGAGCGAGCGCGACCUUUAUCAUUUUCUUUCCCUUCCCUGUACCGUUGCGCGUGAAACAUCGUCCCCGCGUGCUGUGAAAAGGGGAAGAUGGCAAUGGGACGGACUUUAUUAUGUUGACAUCAUUUCGGUGCGUUUAAGUGGUUAAAAAGUGUGUGUAUCUUUAUUGUACAGUGUAUGCGUGUGUGUGUUUAUUGAGAUUCCCAGAUCCGGAUCGAAGUGGUAAAAAAGUUAAGUCGGAAGCGGAAUGAACACGUGUUUGGAGUGUAAACGGCGCUAUGUUGAAAACUGCUCUACGGUUGCGCAUACACCACGAUUUGAUGGGAGUUCGGUGACACGACACGCGAAAUUGCACGCAAAUUGCAUCGAAUAACGACGGGGGAUGAUGGAUACGUACAAGAUAGUAGUCAUCGUUCAAUAAGUGUUCAGGAAGAAAUAAGAUUCGCCCAACAUGAGACAAUCAGCAGUAGCAGAGUGAUGUGUACGGUUCUUAGUAGCUUACAAGCAAUAACCACGUGCCUAGAAAAGUGUGUACUUUCGAUCCGCCAGGAACAACCACCGUUGUAGUGUACAGCUUGGAUGUGAUUUGUUAUCAUUGCCCCGUGGCCGGUGGGUAAUUUAUGGUAAAAGUUUGUUGUUAAUGAAACGUCGUUGAAUCCGUUGCGUUUCGUGUGCUUUCGUGUAUAUGUCUCAGGAAUAUGUGUGAAGUGAAGUGAGCAAGUGAUCCAAACCACUCUCUAGCAUUAUCCAUCUGAAUGAUAAACGGUGAGAACACGGCUUUCGAUGUGUGAGAUUCAUGCACGACAGUGAACAACGAUCGAAUUGUUACAAAAGAAGAGGAAAACAUAACCGUCUAUACAGCUACCAAGUUUGCUCAAGCUGAAGGUGAAAAUUCAACUAUACAAGCUCUGCCACACACCAAGACUGCCACGCGGAUUAUCGUUAUUGCCAACCGAUUGUUUGCCCGAAAAAUACAGAGAGAGGGAGAGAGGGCCAACGACGACUGCUGCCUUUUCAUAUACGACUGAUAACUGAGACUGGAACUUACGUGACGAUUGUAUCGUGCGGCCAUCGGAUAGAGUACUGUACUGCAGUUCUUAUCGACUUUUUGGUUUUGGCACAAGAAAUCGCCCAAGAAAAAACAACAACACAAAUCAUUAAAACAUUACCGAGCUUGUCGGCAGGCCAUCAGCGCGCAUCUCACAUUGAUUGAGCCAAAGUGGCAAAGACCCCCUCCCCCCGCCCCCACUCCCUCCCAUCCAUCAAACCGGGAUCGAUCGUUGUGGUAGGAUCGAGUUUGACCGGGGUUAAUCUUCCCAGUGCAGCGCAUUACCGAUGAAUCAGCAGCAGCAGCAGUAUUUCCACCAGAAGUUUGAUGACUUUCACAGCAGUGGACCGAGACCGCCCGUGCCCGGAGAGGAAAGCCGCCGGAAGAUGACGGAAACGUCACAUUCGGACCGAACCCGGGACGGUUCGCCCCCGGCGUACGUGCGCUGGGCGCAGAAGCUCGCCUACCUGCUGGAGGAUGGCGACGGGGCCGAACUGUUCAAGCGCUACGUGGAGCUGGAGGGCGAGGAACCGUCGAACCGGCUCAAGUUUUACUUCGCCUGCGAGGGCCUCAAGCAGCAAACCGACGCGGACAAGGUGACGCAGCUGAUCGGGGCCAUCUACCGGCGGUUCCUCAAGAAGGCCCAGCCCGGCUCGGAGCUGUACGUGAACGAGUCGCUGCGGAACUUUAUCAAGGCGGGGCUGAAGAAUGAGCUCGAGCUUACGCCGGACAUCUUCGACCAGAUGCAGGCGGACGUGGCGAACAUCAUCGCCGAAACGACCUACCCGCACUUCCUGCAGUCCGACCUGUACCUGCAGUACGUGCAGAACAUGCAGAGCUCGAGCAGCAGCAGCAGCGUGAUCGGCAGCGGCAGCAACUGCAGCCUGGUCGCGGCGGCCUCGGGAGCGCCAUCGGCGGGCGGUGGUGGCGGCGCUGCACCGGGCUCCUCGACCGCUGGUGGUGCAUCGCAGCAAGGAGGCGGUGGUGGCGCUGCUGCCGGUGGUAGUGGUGGCAGCGCCGGUGCGGGUGCCUCCUGUUCGCUCACCAGCAGUAGCUCGACGUCCGAGCUGUUCCUGCACAGUACGUCCGCUCUGCCAACGGUGCACGAGGAUGCCGAGCUGCUGGCGAAUGCGGACUCGAUCGAGCAGCUGUACGGUGCCACGGGACCGGGCUUGGACAGUCAUAUGGCGUUGGUGGGUCCACCGCUGGUUCCGGCGGCCACUGCCUCCCCAUCCAAGGUUCCGAUGACGCUCACGAAGGACGCACUGAUGGCGACGCAGAAACGCCGUCUGGAAAUGAGACCACCUGGACCACGCGGCUACUCCGUGUACACCGCCUAUGCAUCCUAUAAUCCGGUGUCGCGGCGUGACUCAGAACUGGCCAGUCUGAGCUCCGGCCGUACCGAUUCCGAUACGAUGUCGCUUUCGAGCAUCUCCACCGAUGGUCGGCCACAUUCGCAGCGAAAACAUCACCAUCAUCAUCAUUCGUCGAUAGAGCGAAGAAUGAUGCGUGAAAAUGCCUUAACCAACGAAGAGGUCGAUACGUUUGCGAUAAUUCCACGCACCCACCGGCACACGCAAAAGCAACCGCCGCCGAUGGAGUUUGCCAAGAUUCUGAUCAACAAGCUGGAGUGUGUGGCCCGCGAACAGGAGAAGGAUGAAGUGUUGUGCAAAAAGAUGCAGGAGGCCGAACUGUCCGAUCGAUCGCAGAACAAGGUGCUAGCGGACGCGAUCCGGCAGAAGCUGCAGGUGGACGACGACAACGAUCAGGACAUUCUGGACCAGCACGUGUCGCGGGUGUGGUCCGACCUGACGCCCAGCCGGUCGCCCGGCACGAUGUCACCCUGCCCGCCGAACAUGAUCGGUUCCCGCUCGCGUCGCCAUGAGUUGGCCAGCUUUGGAGGAGCACAAUCAUCGAUGCGGCAUUCGAAAUCAAUGCCGGAAGGGCAUCCGCUGAUGGGGCCGCCGAUGCAACCGAUGACCAUGCAAAUGUCGUCCGGUUCGCGCAAGCUGGCCAACAAAUGGCCCUCGGUCAAUACGGACAGCGGUAUCAGCCUGUUCUCGACCGACACGCUCACGAAGCACAGCAGCAGCGGCGGUGGCAGUCGGGGCGAGCUAAGCCUCGGCAGCAGCUCGCGCCCACUGUCGCGCACGAUGCAUUCGGACAUGCACACGGCAACACUGCUGCAAGAAUCUAGCCGCCGAUUGGAGGACGAAACGCGACGAUCGAAACGCUACCAGUACCCGCAGCAGGCCAGUGCAAUACAGAGCAUGCCCUUACCGCCGGUACCGUCGAUGACGUCGUCGGGCAGUUUCGGUAGCAGCCUUCCGCCGGCCAUGCCGCCACCGCCAAUCCCUGCCAAACCGAGCCAGGCCCCGAACGAGUUUACCAUCGUGGUGUACUCGUUCUGCGACGAGGAGGUCCCAUACCGGAUAAAGAUCCCCGGUACGCAACCGCCAACGCUGAAGCAAUUCAAGGACUACCUGCCCAAGAAGGGAAACUAUCGAUUCUUCUUCAAAACGCGCUGCGAGGACCUGGACAAUCCUGUCAUACAGGAGGAGGUGAACAGCGACAGCGAACCCUUGCCACUGUUCGAGGGCAAGGUGAUGGGUACCGUAAAACCAUCGGAAUAAACGACGCCCGUUCGACUACUUCUCCCCUUCUGCUCCACGUGCACUGCAAAAGUGUGCCUUGCGGGUAGUGUUUUGGGGCCAGUUGUGUGGUAGGUUAGUCAGCCCAGCGCCCAGACAAUGCUACAGUACGCAGAAGAUAAAAGUGUAAGGCUUCCAUUAGCAUUUAUUUUAGGGUCGUAGCAAAAUGUGUCGACGGGUUCGAACAAAUGGCAAUUCUCAUUUGGGGCACCCAUACAGGCUUCCACAAAAAAAAAAAAACAAAUACAAAACAAAAUUGAAACAUAUUAACCACAGGGUCGCGGAAAAAAGGCACUGCUAAAUCUAGUAGAGACACGUAUACAUAAUGCCAAACGUGCCUUUUUUUAUAAUACAUACACUCACAUCCUUACCAGACGACGAAACUACGAAAAAAAGAGCAAUCAUUAUUUAGCAGCCAACGUUUGAAUGUUAAAAGGCUUUCUCUUUUCCCAUUUUUUUGCAAAUAAUUGGCAUAUUAAUUUCAUUUUUAGAGUAACAAAACAAAACCUAAAUUGUAAGACUAGUAGAGUGACGCAAAGUGUGAUUCAAACGCGCGCGCAAAGCAAAAAAACAUCAAACGGCACACGACUGAUUUGACACGAGCAAACGAAAUCAAAUUUGAAUGUAUCAGUAUUUUAAAGCGCGUCUAAUGAUAUGGUGUUCUGGCAAAACGAGGGAGCAAAACAACAGGGAAGCAAAUGUAAGGAAAGAAAGUGAAUAGAUAAUUAGACACAUUUUCAACUACAUCACAAAUUAUUCGUCAAAAAAUUAUAGUUUUUCUAAAGAAAAUUAAAACCAUUUAAGUGCGUCGAA